GCGCUGACUAAAAUGUCUUGGAAAGCGGCAGCUUGGCGGUCCAUCCGCAGCACAUCUCUCACUUUAGUGCUUUAACCGCUGUGCGAGCACACAACCACGUUCUUUCUCUCCCUGAACACUGCCUCUUUCAAAUAUUGUAUAUCGUAUAUUAAGUUCCCGUUUUCAUCGCUUUUCAGUCACCUCGCAAUGCUUUCCUCGUCGACACUCGCACUGUCUUGCCUCCUCAUCGUCUCACCAAAUGUUUUUGCUGCCCCAAGUUUAGUCCCGGCUGCUGGCCAGUCCAUCCCCCUCGUCCGAAGAGCCCAACCUGAACGAACCGUCGCUGAAUGGGAAACGUGGGCUAAGAACGAACGUGAGGUUCUCACUGCCAAGUAUGGGGGAAACAUGGAGAAAAGGAGUACUGGAACAAAUUUGUUAACCAACCAGAAUGCGGAUUCAAGUUAUUUCGGAACCGUGGCCAUAGGCACUCCACCAGUCUCCUUUAAUGUCAUCCUUGACACCGGCUCGUCAGAUCUCUGGGUCGCAGAUCAAGCCUGCACCACCGGCUGCUCUAAAAUUCAGCUAUACGAUGACCUAAGCUCAUCUACUUUCCACAAUCUUUCUGAGCCCUUCAACAUUCAAUACGGUUCUGGCGCUGCAGAAGGUACAUUAGGUCAGGACGUUGUCCAGAUGGCUGGGUUUUCUGUUCCCAACCAGGUUUUCGCUGCUGUCACGCAAGUGACGUCGGGCCUUCUGGGGCCACCCGUGUCUGGUUUGUUGGGCUUGGGAUGGCAGAGUAUAGCUAGUUCGAAAGCGACGCCGUUCUGGCAGACCUUGGCAAGCUCUGGGGCUUGGUCAAAUCCAGUCAUGGCGUUUCAGCUCACCCGGUUCAUAAACGGUUCGAACGUUAACACUGAGGAACCUGGUGGAUCGUUCACUAUGGGCUUUGUCAACAGCAGUCUUUACACCGGCAGCAUCGAUUAUCAGGCCAUUCCCACGACGCCAUCUUAUUGGAUUCUACCGAUGACAUCGUUAACCGUCCAAGGAAGCUCUAUCUCCAUCCCCUCCGGUUCUUCAUCCUACUCCGCUAUCGACACCGGGACCACUCUUGUUGGCGGACCUUCUAGUGUCAUCCAAAGCAUCUUCGCACAAAUUCCAGGUUCGCAGCCCGGCACAGGCAACUGGCAGGGCUACUAUACCUACCCCUGCACCACCGCCGUCAACGUCGCCAUCUCAUUCGGCGGACCCAGCUGGCCCAUCUCCCCCGCCGACUUUCAACUCACAAAGAUCAGCUCCUCCCAAUGCGUCGGCGCAUUCUUUGAACUGAACACAGGUGGUACUGCGCCAAAUUGGAUCGUUGGCGAUACUUUCCUCAAAAAUGUUUAUUCGGUUUUCCGGUACAACCCCGCUGCUGUUGGUUUUGCUGCGCUCUCGAAUACCGCGACUGCUAUGAACGGGGUUAAUGCUGCUCCUCCUUCGGCUACUAUUGGUUCGGUCUCAGCUAGUGCGACAGCGGGCACGGGAGGUGGAUCUAAUUCUGCCCCUCACCGUUGGGAUGUUCCAUGGGCACCGCUUGUGGGUGGUAUUUCCGUCGCUAUCGGUGCUGCGUGGAUGUGAGAUGCCUUGCAUGUUCUUUGGAUUAAUUAGGGGUGCUGGAUAGAUGUGGACUUGGUCCGGGACUUUUACUGAUCAUAUUUUUAUCCACAAGGGACUCGACAGGACAAUGUCGCUACACUACCUACGAGUUGUAUAUUUAGCCUAUCAGUACGUUAUGGACUGUUGUAUAUUGAAUUAA